AUGUCUGCCUCAUCUGACCAAACGGUGCAUCCUGUCGCCAUCAUUGGCGGUGGUCCGGUUGGCCUGAGUGCAAGCAUUUUGCUCUCGCUUCGCAAUAUCCCACAUGUCCUGCUCGAGCGACAUGCGGGCACAUCUAUCCACCCAAAGGCUUGCGGGAUCAACCAGCGAACCACCGAGAUUUUCCAGCUCAUGGGAGUCUAUGAUCAAAUACGAGCGGUUGCCUGCCCUGACGACGUCAAGUCCCGCACGGCUUGGUAUACGAGCCUCGGGAACCAAGACGGCAACGCUGUCGACGGUCGCGAGAUCUGGAGCCGGGAUUCCUGGGGCGGUGGGCAGUAUGCCGACGAGUACGAGAGGCACAGUCCUGCGAGGUACGAAAUUUUGCCGCAGAUACGGUUGGAGCCGCUGCUGGUUAGUACGGCCGAAAGUCUCAGUCCCGGAAGCCUCAAAUUCGGGUCUGAGGUUACAGGCUUGGAAGAGCGGGGUAGUUGUGUUGCGCUGAAGGUGCUGGAGAGGGCGACCGGUGUUACGAGUGAGGUUCUUGCACGCUUCGUGAUUGCGGCGGAUGGAGGGCGUGAUAUCACAAACAAGCUGGGAAUCAGCUGGUUAGGGGAGCGCGACAUCCUCGAGAUGGCAUCAGUGCACUUCCGCGCACAAAUUCGCGAACGGCAUCCAGACCCGCGCAACUUCAUUACUUGGUUCUCACAUCCUGAUGCUGGAGGCAGUAUUCGCACCGGAUAUUUGUAUCAGAUUGGCCCGUGGCCGUUUGAUAGUCUCGAAGCAGAGGCAAGCGAGGAAUGGGUGUUCGCCUGUGCUCAAGCCCCGAAUGAUCCGGUGCGCUUUGAGCGCGAAGACAUGCUCAAGCGCCUGAGGGAAACGCUCAAGCUCGGCGACCUUCCUGUGGAGAUCAUAAGCCUGAGCCAUUGGACUGUCCAGGCUGUGUCGGCGGGAAGAUAUAGAGAGGGCCGGGUUUUCCUGGCUGGCGACGCCGCGCACAGGAUCCCUCCGUGGGGUGCGCUGGGGAUGAACACCGGCAUCCAAGACGCCCAGAACCUCGUCUGGAAGCUUCAAAUGGCCUUGGAAGACGAGGAAAAGUAUGCCCAGCUCCUCACAAGCUACGACACAGAGAGGCGCCCUCUGGGACACAGAGUUGGACAAUCGAGUCUGCACAACCUACGCAGCCACGCCCUGGUUAUGGAUGCAGCUCUCGGCAUCAAACCCGAGCAAUGCCCAAGGGAUAAUCGAUCCGCCAUAAUGGCAUACUUUGACCAGUCGCACCCAGACCAUGCCACCAGAAGAUCAGCGGUCGAGCAGGCCUCCAAAGUGCUUGACCUUGAAUUCAAGGCCCCUGGUCUGGAGCUCGGCUGGUUUUACCCGGGCCUAGGUGGUGCAACCGAAGCAGACCACGCGCCCCAUCUUCUUGAAAAUGGCAAUCUCAUGUCACAAGCUUUGUUGCCAUCCACAAUACCGGGGCACAACCUUCCCCACGUCUGGGUCUACAAGGGUGGCCAGGAACUACCUCUCCGAGGUCUCAUUCCGUUGGGCAAGCUUCUGCUGCUGGUUGACGAACAGCCUGUCUGGAGCUCUCUCGAGGCCCGCACGGUGCACAUGGAACGGCUCAGCAAGUCUGAUAAAGGAGACUGCUGGACAGAGCCUACCGGAGAAUGGGCCCGAUUGUUGGACGGCAAUGAGGCGGUUCUUCUGAGGCCGGACGGUAUCAUCACCUGGCGAGGAUCAUGGCAUAGCUCACUGCCUGACCUUUGGCCAUCGGUUCUAGACAGAGCUUUAUAUACCAGUACCUAA